AUGGCAGCAGAGGAGCAGUCAGACAAAAUGGUUUCUGACCUGGAUAUGUGUAAGAAGAAAAGGUCCUCACACAACGAACUAGAAAAACAUAGACGGGCGAAACUCCGGCUAUAUUUGGAACAGCUAAAACAGCUUGUGCCUCUUGGGCCGGACAGCACCAGACACACCACUCUAAGUCUGUUGAAAAGAGCUAAGAUGCAUAUCAAGAAAUUGGAAGAACAGGACCGAAAAGCUCUGAAUAUUAAAGAACAAUUACAGCGGGAACACCGCUACCUCAAACGCAGGUUGGAGCAGCUAUCCGUGCAGGGCAUGGAGCGCAUCCGCACUGACAGUAUGGGAUCAACAAUAUCCACUGACUCUGAACAAGAAGUAGACAUCGAAGGAAUGGAGUUUACACCCGGUGAAAUGGACAGUAUUGGAAGUGCCAGUGAUGCUGAAGACCACUACAGUUUGCAAAGCGGCUCGAGCGAUGGAGGUUACACACAUUCCCGCAGACUGAAUGCCAGGCUCUCAUAGUGCCUGAGUUACCAGUUCAACUCAGGACCAUCUGACUGAAGCACUUAUAUAUGAAUAUUCCAGAGGUGUCAACUGCCACUCUUCCGGGAAACCCCAACCACAGUACUCUGACAUGGAGGUUUCUUACCCACGGUUCCCUGCACUGUAACCACAAUAUUAGAUAUUGUAAAUCAUGGGUUUGCUGCAGAGAACUGUGGUUAGGUACAGUUGUGACUUAAAGCUAGCUUGAUGUAGCUCUACUGCAAAUUAAAGAAAAGAAAUUGUCAUUCCAUUCAAGAAGUAUUAAAUUCAAACUGUUGGAAGCAUGGCAUAAGGAAGUUUAACAAUUAUUUUGAUUUUGCAGAAACCAUUUUCAAACAUGGAAGAAUGAAUGGAAACUACCAUAUGUUAGUGAUUCAGAGAUACAGAAACCUAAAACUACUUUUUGUGGUAUUUUUACAUGGAAAAAAAAAGAAAAUUGAACCCUGUAUAGCAGGCUCUGUUGUAUCAAUUCUUUCAGCAGUUGUUGUUUGGGUAAAGCAGGCAGAUAAACCUUCAAAAUGCAGAUGAUCUUUAGAAAAGGUCAUAUUUACAAGUCACUACUGUACUUCAAAAUGGGGGAAAAGCCAGCUCUAGUAAUGACUUCAUGUGGGAUGAUCUCAACUUUCUUCUGCUUUUUUGUAUUCAGUAUCCAACCAGCAGCAAAUCAUUCCAUCCAUGUUAACAGGAGGAGUAGAAUGCAGCACUGCAGUUUGGACCUGUUACUGUGGAAUGGAUGACAUUGAAGCAUUUCAGUGUUUUUGGUGGUUGUUUUUUUUUCAUUUCUUUGCCUGAAAAUACAGAACUCAAGUGAUCCAGAUUGUGAUAGCUAAUCUUUUCCUUGCAGGGAAAUGAAAUUUCUGUUUGCUUGUAUUUUUUUUCUUUUUACACAUGUCAAUACAUUUUUAUGGAAGGCAUGGCUUAAAAAUACAGUAUUCAGCUAGAAGAUAAUUAAUCCUUUUUUCUUUUGCACACUAUAAUUGCAUUUUCUAUUCUUAAAAAAGUGCAAAAAAUUUAAAUGUAUGCUGUAAAACAGCAAAGUUUAUUUAGUACUCAUCAAGCUGUUCAGAACAUAUUUACCCAAAUUAUAGCAAUACUAUGAAGAUGUAUUUUAAUACAACUUCUGCUUAGUGAAGUCAUUAGAGCUUGGCUUGCCGGGUAAGAAAAAACGGACCAGUCUUUGCAUUACCUGUUUAAAGAAGGUCUUU